AUGGCCCCUGCUGAUAGGAAAGCCAGAGAUUAUGCUGAUACUGUGCUAGUAGUUGGUGUGGGUAUUGGGUGCAUGUGCUGUGUGUCUAGCCUGGAGCCAGUGUCAGCAGGCAGGGACAAGGAUCAUCUUUACAUCAAAGAAAACAAAAAUAAAUGGCAGUUAGCCCCUGCCACAUCCCAUGUUUUGUUUUUUUGCCUUUCAGCAUAUUUCUGUUUCCUGAUGACGGCCCUGGGUGUGACGGCUGGUGCACAUCGCCUGUGGAGCCACCGUUCCUACAAAGCCAAGCUGCCUUUGCGGAUCUUUCUGGCUGCAGCUAACUCCAUGGCUUUCCAGAACGACAUCUACGAGUGGAGUCGAGACCACCGUGUGCACCACAAGUACUCGGAGACGGAUGCAGACCCACACAACGCCCGCCGUGGAUUCUUCUUCUCCCACAUCGGCUGGUUGUUUGUGCGCAAGCACCGGGACGUCAUAGAGAAGGGGAGGAAACUGGAUUUCACUGACUUGCUGGAUGACCCCGUUGUCAGGUUCCAAAGAAAGUAUUACAAGAGUUCAGUUGUGCUGAUGUGCUUUGUGAUCCCUACCUUUGUGCCGUGGUAUCUCUGGGGGGAAAGUCUCUGGAACGCCUACUUCCUUGCCUCCAUCCUCCGAUACACCAUCUCCCUCAAUGUUACCUGGCUGGUCAACAGCGCUGCUCACAUGUAUGGCAACCGCCCUUACGACAAGAACAUCAACCCCAGGCAGAACACCUUUGUCACUCUGGGAGCCAUUGGUGAGGGUUUCCACAACUACCACCACACCUUCCCAUUCGACUACUCAGCCAGCGAGCUGGGCCUGAAGUUCAACCCCACCACCUGGUUCAUUGACUUCAUGUUUUGGUUGGGCUUAGUCACUGACCGCAAGCAGGCUCCAAAGGAGAUGAUCCAGGCUCGCAAAGAAAGGACUGGAGAUGGCAGUGCUUGAAAAGUAGCACUUUGCUGUGCCAGCACUGUCAUACACUUAGAUUUAUUUUCCUCUGGGUAAAAUUAGUUCUUCAGCUCAGUUCGGCUGAAUUAAUUCCGCAGAAACAGAUUUGGCCCCAGCUUUUUUUCCUUAUUAGCUGUCUUAUGUCCAGACUUCAGACUAUUAAGUGUAAAAAUGUUAUAUAUUAUUUAAUGUUAUAGUUAAAAAGGAGAGAGAUUUGAUUUCAGUCACUGUAGUUCAUGUCCGAAAUACACUGUAAUUUGCUUGUUCAUGAGGUUGGAGGAACUAACUAUUGUUUCCAAGUACAGCUGGAGAGAUCUUUGUUUCUACUAUUAAUCAAAUAUGGUUUU